UGAUACGAGUAUAAUUUCCGAAGAAAUAGAAGUCACUUAUAUAAAUAGUGAUUACUUUCUUACAGCGGAUCCUCCCAAGUACGUAUCAUCUUUCAUUCGAGCAUAGAUCACUCCUAUUUUUCGCUCCUUUUCAAUCUCCUAUUUUGCGGUUAUCAGUUUAUGUUUCUGCAAACGGACGGCGAUAUCUGUUCGUGGUUUUGAGGAGAAGCAGAAGCUUUUUGGAGCAAUGUCAGCUCCUGUAUAUCCAGGGGCAACUAGACCCAAUAACCAACGUCCUUCUGGACCACCAGCCGGUUAUAAUCCUAAUUUGCAGAGAGGCCCCGAUCAUUCGUUGUCUCAAAAUUUCCAGAAUUUGCAGCUUAAUCAACCACAAAAUGCUCCAUCCCAACCUCCUUUUGGUGGGCCUAGAGGGCCACCUCCUUUUGGUCAGAACGCACCACCUUUUGCUGGACCUUCACCUGUAUCUAGACCAGGACCUCCACCACCUGGUGUGGUUCCUAGGGGCGUGAUGCCCCCUGGUGGACCUCCACAAAAUAUGAUUCCACCCAAUAUGGGACCUGGAAGACCUACAGGUCCUAUGCCUAGUCAGCCUCCACCUUUUGCUUCUAGAGGUCCUCCUCCUGGUGCUCCCCCUCCCUUUCAAGGUUCACAACCUGUACCCCAACAACCAAGUGCUCGUCCUACUGCUUUUGGGUCAUCACCAUUAACUGCAGGUCCGGUUCCUUCUUCCUCAACUCAACCACGCCCCAUUAGUAAUGGGCCUCCUUCAUUCUCAUCUGGAGGCUUUCCUGGUGGUCCUCCUGGUUCUUCUGUGGGAACUCAGCAAUCUUUUGUAAGAGGCCCACCAUCCUUUGGGGCGCAGUCUCCAAUGAUGCAUCCUCAUCUCGGAAGUCAGCAUGCUAGUGGUCCAGCUGCUCCUCCCACCGAGUCUCUGUCAGGACCAUCACAACCAGUAUCUCCCUUUUCCGUUGUACCACAACAUGCACAACCACCAUCUGGUUCUUCUUUUGGGCAACAAGUCCAACAACCAUGGCAGACACAACCACGUCAGGUUGCUCCAUCAUUGUCCAGUUCUCUGCAGCCACCAUCGAUGUAUGGAAUGCCACCACCAAUAUCAAGCCAAAACAUGGCUGGAGCACCACCUGCUGUUAGUCACAUUGGAGGUCCGAUGGCAUCGAAGGUUGAUCCCAGCCAAAUUCCUCGCCCUUUCCCAAGUUCAUCAGUUAUCUUGUACGAGACUCGUCAAGGCAAUCAGGCCAAUCCCCCUCCGCCUGCUACAACCGAGUUUAUUGUCACAGACACUGGAAAUUGCAGCCCUCGCAACAUGAGGUGUACAAUUAGUCAGAUCCCAUGCACAAGCGAGCUUCUGACGACAUCUGGGAUGCCAUUGGCUUUGCUUGUUCAACCAUUCGCUCUUCCUCAUCCAUCCGAGGAACCCAUUCAGGUUGUUGACUUUGGGGAAAGAGGUCCAUUGCGAUGCUCUCGCUGCAAAGGCUACAUAAACCCUUUCAUGAAAUUUAUUGAUCAGGGACGUCAAUUCAUCUGCAACUUGUGUGGAUUUACUGAUGAAACUCCACGUGACUACCAAUGCAAUCUUGGGCCUGAUGGGCGGCGUAGAGAUGCUGAUGAAAGGCCUGAAUUGUCCAAGGGAACAGUUGAAUUUGUUGCAACAAAAGAAUACAUGGUGCGUGAUCCUAUGCCUGCAGUGUUCUUCUUCGUUGUUGAUGUUUCCAUGAAUGCCAUACAGACUGGUGCAACUGCAGCUGCUUGUAGUGCUAUCAAUCAAGUUAUUGCUGAUCUCCCAGAAGGUCCAAGAACUAUGGUGGGAAUUGCAACAUUUGACUCAACAAUACAUUUUUACAAUUUGAAACGGGCACUUCAGCAGCCGCUGAUGCUCAUAGUUCCUGAUGUACAUGAUGUCUAUACUCCUCUGGAAACAGAUAUUAUCGUUCAACUUUCCGAGUGCCGUCAACAUCUAGAGCUAUUGCUGGAAAGCAUUCCAACCAUGUUUCAGAGUAAUAUGAUUGCUGAUUCAGCCUUUGGUGCAGCAGUCAAGGCUGCGUACAUGGCUAUGAAGAGCAGUGGAGGAAAGCUUUUAGUGUUUCAAUCAGUAUUACCAUCACUUGGCAUUAGCGCCCUUUCUGUUAGAGAAGCUGAAGGUAGAGCAAAUGCAUUGGCUGGAGACAAGGAGGCUCAUAAGUUGCUGCAGCCUGCAGACAAAACUUUGAGAGAAAUGGCUUUAGAGUUGGCUGAAUAUCAGGUCUGUGUUGAUGUGUUCCUUACUACCCAGUCAUACAUGGAUAUUGUUUCUAUCUCUGUUGUGCCAAGGACUACUGGUGGACAGGUUUAUUACUACUAUCCCUUCUCGUCACUCUCUGAUACAGCUAAGCUGUAUAAUGAUCUUAGAUGGAAUGUAUCUAGGCCACAAGGUUUUGAAGCUGUGAUGCGUGUUCGUUGCAGCCAGGGUCUUCAAGUCCAAGAAUACACUGGAAACUUCUGCAAGCGUAUUCCAACGGAUGUUGACCUUCCUGCAAUUGACUGCGAUAAGACUAUAACAGUUACCUUAAAACAUGAUGAUAAACUACAAGAUGGCGCAGAAUGUGCUUUUCAGUGCGCCAUUCUCUACACCACUGUGUAUGGUCAAAGAAGAAUCAGAGUCAUGAAUCUCUCUCUAUCAUGUACAAGUGCGCUUCCUAAUCUAUUCCGCUCAGCUGACUUGGAUGCUCAAUUCACAUGUUUCUUGAAGCAAGCUGGAAAUGAAAUUCCUACUUUGCCUCUUUCACAAGUCAGGGAGCAUGCAACAAACCAUUGUGUCAACAUUCUGCAUUCUUAUCGAAAAUUUUGCUCAACUGUCCAAUCUACUGGACAACUCAUUCUGCCUGAAGCUCUCAAACUUCUGCCUUUAUACACUCUUGCAUUAACUAAAAGUACCGGACUAAGAACCGAUGGACGAAUAGAUGAUCGGUCAUUCUGGAUGACAUAUGUUUCUUCUGUAUCUGCGCCUCUUGGAGUUCCAUUGGUGUAUCCUAGGCUGAUUGCUGUCCAUGAUCUUAUCUCUAAGGAAACGGAUGGCUCGCUUAUUCCAUCUGCACUCCCACUUUCUAGUGAAAACAUCAGUGAUGAUGGAAUCUAUCUUCUUGAGAAUGGCCUGGAUGCUUUAAUUUAUAUUGGAAAUUCCGUGAAUUCUAAUAUAUUGCAGCAACUAUUUGGCUUUUCAUCAGUUGCUGAGAUCCCUACUCAGUUUGUGCUGCAGCAGCAUGAUAAUUCACAGUCAAAGAAACUUAAUGAAGUCAUUAAUGAGAUACGACGUCAGAGAUGUUCCUAUCUACGCUUAAAAUUGUGCAAGCAAGGAGAUUCUUCAGGAAUGUUAUUUUUCUCAUACAUGGUAGAAGACAAGUCUCCAUUGGGCUUAUCCUAUGUUGAGUUUCUGGUACAUAUUCACCGGCAGAUACAAGUUAAAAUGGAUUAACCAAUGUAUAUAUCUGAAUUACUUGUACGAAUAGCGACAGUCAUAAGAUGGAUGGCGCAUGAACUCACGGGAAGGAAGACAACUACAUUGCCUCAUAUGAAAUCAGUUAGAGUGUGGAUGAUGUAAUUUUCUUUAUUAAGUAGGGAUUUGUCAUCAUUAUUUUUCAAGUUUGUGCUUGUAAUAUUUCGUCCUGACAAGAACCGACAAGUGAUCGAUAUUUAGCAAAAAUCAGAGUGAUCCAUUAUCUUCACAUCUUUCCUUGAUUCCCUUAAACGUCAAUCAUUCAUGUAAGGAAUAUUAACUACAAAUUUUGAGUUUUUUGCACAGAUCGGCGUCUAUAGGUUAAAUUCUUUCAUGUUUUUGGU